AAUACAAGCGUAAAUUCUACACCGACUUUCUGUAAAACUGAAAGUAGAUUCUUGUGAGCAACUAUGUUCAGCCGUGUCCCACCAAUUCCUUCUGCAUUGGAUGAAAUUGCCUCAGAAGAACGUGAGCAAACAGGAACAGACAAUCCAGAUUCAAACGAUAAGAUAGACAGUUCUAUCCCCAAGAAACCAAAACAUAUCAGAUCUGACCUAUGGGAUAAAUUCAAGGCACUUGAGAAAAAGACAGAUGACGUUACAAGAAGAUCAACAGAGAAAAGAAUAAAACAUCUCAAAAAAACUUUGAUGCAAAAAAUUCAAGAUGAGAUAACCAAUGAAGAGGACAAAGACAUAUUACGCCAACAUGAUGUGAAGUUUGGACCCCCUGUAAAUGAUAAUAGCUGUCCUCCCAGAAAGAGAAAGCAUCAUGAAAAUAACAGAGAGAAAGAUGAAGAACCAAAGAGCAACAAUGAAUGGAAGAACAUUAAAGGAUUUCUUAAUGUGAAUGAUCAUUUAAAGGGAACAGAUCCUGGAAAGUAUGCUCCCAAAACCUCACUGGAACUAAAGAUAGACAAAUCUAUCAGUGAGGGAGAUUUUGAAAGAGCUGAAAAACUUAGUGAUUAUAUGUCAACGAGAGAGUUUGGAAAAAAGAUAGCAGAUGCUAUAGAUGCUAAAAAGUUCAGUGAGCAGUCGGAGGAGAAAAUGGAAUCCAGUAAAGAAAAGAAGAAAAAGAAGUUAGCCUGGAGGUUUGAACAUAAACAGAGAUGGGAAACAAAAUCGGCCAUGUAACUCCAGUCUUUUCAACUUGUAAAUUUAUUUUUUUUUAAUUCAUGUACUUUAAAUAAUAAAUUAAGUCAAACAUCCUAGAUAACUUUUUUUUUUUCAAUC